CUACCUCGAUGGUUCAUAACCCGGAAGUGUUUUAAUCGUGGAGAAAUCAAAAUAUCGCUCGCCGCCAUUCAUUUCGGAUACACUUCGGGCUGUAAACAGACAAUAUUAAUUUGGAGAAUAUUGAACAUUAAAAGACAUGUUUUACCAUAUCUCCCUGGAGCAUGAGAUCCUGCUCCAUCCUCGGUACUUCGGACCGAACCUCCUGAACACCGUGAAGCAGAAGCUGUUCACGGAGGUGGAGGGGACUUGCACCGGCAAGUAUGGGUUUGUUAUCGCGGUCACCACCAUAGACAACAUCGGGGCGGGGGUGAUCCAGCCCGGCAGAGGCUUCGUCUUGUACCCCGUCAAGUACAAGGCCAUCGUGUUCCGGCCCUUCAAGGGGGAGGUGGUGGAUGCUGUGGUCACUCAGGUCAACAAGGUUGGCCUGUUUACAGAGAUUGGCCCAAUGUCCUGCUUCAUCUCUCGUCAUUCCAUUCCCUCCGAGAUGGAGUUCGACCCCAACUCAAAUCCUCCUUGUUAUAAAACAGUUGAUGAGGACAUUGUAAUCCAACAAGAUGACGAGAUCCGUCUUAAAAUCGUCGGGACGAGAGUGGACAAGAAUGACAUCUUCGCCAUUGGAUCUCUUAUGGACGAUUACCUGGGUCUCGUCAGCUAAGCUUUGGCCAUGUGGGUGUGGAAGACGGAUUUCUAUCUGGAAAUAUUUUGACAAAACAUUGAAAAAGAUGAAGAAAAUAAAGUUUGCUACUAGCUGGAAACUACAAUACUUAGUAUAUCAAUAACAUUAUUUUUGUACGGUUAAUAAUUUUUCAAUGGUACAUGUUUCAGUUCUAAGUCAUGACCAGUUCACGGAGCGAUGCAUGUGUCAUCUGCAUAUUAAUUGUUACUUUUUAUUUUUUACAUACAUUGUCCGUAAUAAAAUAUUUUGUUAUUUGAA